CUUCGUUCUUUAUUGUUCUUUUGUUCAGCUCUGUGCUAUUUCUUUAAUACUUUUUUUUUCUCUCUUUCCUGUUCUUUUAGAUUCUAAACCGCUUCUACAAAAUAAGUGCAUAUGAAUAUGCCAUGGCGCGUACUUAUAUUAUUAAUUAGUGGUUUAGUUGUUAUUUACAUCGCCAUUCUUUCCCAAGAUACACCUUAUGUGCACCCAAAAAUAGUCUACGCCUCAUCCAAUCAUCCACCGUUGUUUCCUUACAAACCUGAUAAGGUUGUUCUGUCUACUAUUGGAGCUUAUGUGUAUUUGACAUUUUUCAAGUACGAAUUACUGAAAAGUAGGGGAUCACUCAUCGGCACAGGCAAUUUGAAAUUAGGUGUACAAGGUAAAGCUUUUUCUUUCAGAUAGACAGUUUUGACACAAUAAAAACUAUGAAUAUGUAUUUUUGAUGAUAUUUUUAUUGUAGGUAUUGUUAAACAAAUGAAAAAACCCCUAUCCACGCUAUUGACAGAACGAGAUCUAUUGGAAUCAGAAGACUGGAUACCCUGCUUCGAACAUGAACUAAACGGGCCGAUAUCUAGAGUAUCUGUUCGAAAUAAUCAUGCGCAAAAACUGCAAACUCAGUUCGCUACACUUUAUCAUGAGGUGCAAGAUGAUAGCUCUUUCCAUUAUAUAAGAAUUUAUUACACCACAGCAGAAGACUUAGACGAUGAAGAUGAUAUACGUUUUGAAUAUAAAGAUAUACAAUUACCAGGCUCAACGUUUGUUAACAGUUUCUCGUUACAGAACGAUUCGAUCAUUUUUUCUAGAGAUCCAGAUACAUAUGAGUUCCAUAUCAUCACUUUGCCUCCAAACAUUAUAGAAGAACCGCAUUCAACUUUAGAACGGGCCAACUCAGUAAAUUAUCGUAUUUCUAAUGGAAGAAAAGUGCAAGAAUGGUCUCAACCACUUUCAACCGAACACUCGACAGUUUUGUUUUCAAGGCUUUAUUCACCAGUGAAUGAGACUUACCGUGUUUUUUCAUUGAAUCUGCAAAAAACUGCUUCAACAUAUUUCGUUAACAUUACCAUAUUGGAUAAUCAAACAAUUAUCGAUGAUAGAAACCAACAAGUAACAUCCUGGAUCCAGAGAGAAAAAGGAGAAGCAGAUUAUCCUGUUUAUGUUGAGGAAACAAUAGAUUACAAUGGUUUUACAGAUAUUUCAAACUAUCAGCAUACUCAACAUCAAAUGCAGUAUCAGCAGCAGCACCUUCAACAUCAAAAGCAGAAUAUGCCCCAACUCAUUGCAACGAUGAACGCGUAUGAGUCUACUAUUGCCUUCCCUUAUAUCAAAAAUAAGUUUAUCACUCUCGAUUAUACGGAUCGAAUCGACAUUUUGUCGAAAAUCAAAUCAGAAAAAGAUCGACUUUAUCAGUCAACAGUAGCAGUAGCAGCAGCGACUGGUGUAUCUGAUAGUAAUGGCAGUGAAACGGAUGGUUCUUUAACAAAACUAAUCACCUUACCCGAGUAUUAUUACUGGCAAAGCUACGAAACGGUAGAUGCAGAAAUCAAAGGCAUGGAAUUAAAUAAAGUGGGAGAUACACUGGCUUUAUGGACAGAAUUCAAUUAUGUGUAUAUCUAUACUAGAGGAUUACCCGAACAGGAAGAGCAAAAGAACAGAAUGGUCUUGAAUGGAAAAAAUAAAGAGCACGAAAGUUGGUGGAGCAAAAUAGAGAAAUGGAUCGACGUGUUGCUUUCGGAUACACCUGAGGAUGAGAAAGAAUUAAGGGAUACUUAUUUCCCAGAACCUUGGAAAAUGAUAAUGGCUAUCCCACCAGUGAAAGAUGAAUAUGGUGGAUCAAAAGCUGUUGGUGCAGUCGGUUUCUAUGAAGAAGUUUCAGAUGCUGAAGACGACACGAGAUAUUUAUUUGUCGCUUUAAAAAAUGGUAACGUGAAUUCAUACCGUAUCGAUGAACAUGAACCGCAUAAAUCUGCUGAUUUAUGGUCAUUUGCUGCCGAAAGAUGGGACAUGUUAUUUGCCAUGUGCGCUGUUAUUUUUAUAUUCAUAUACAACGAGUCUCAACGUCCAUGAGGAAGUCUAUAUUUUCGACAGAAUGACUCAUAUACGAAAAAAAAAAAAGUACAAAAAGUAAUUAUCACCAUAGAAUCCAGUAAUUAAUAAAAUGUAUACCAAUUGU